UUUGAAAAUAUCUUCACAAAGUCUUCACUUCAAUUACUUUUUUAUUCUUCUUCUUCUUCUUCUUCUUCUUCUCCUCUCCACAAAUUGGAAUAGAAGAGAUCAACCACAACCUCCGACUUCGCUGUCUAGUUUCAUCUCACUAGCACGCCAUAAGCUGUUGGUUUAAAUACCUUCACAUCCACAAUCUCUUCCACCAUCAUCUUCCUUCACAAUUGCAAAUAUGGUUCAAUCGUAAGUAUCAUCCUUCUGCCAUACUCUCUACAGUCUGUUAAUCAUAUAAUGAUAGAUCCGUUCUUGGUUUCCCACGUAUGGGAGCUCUCAGAGAGCUUAAGAAAGCUACUGGUAAGCUUUUUUACCUCUCAGUUUUACCCCACAUUGUGUAUACUAACAAUAUCAACAGAGGCAUACUGGGGUCAAAAGAUUUCUCAGGCUGAUCUCCUUGCUGAGGCAAAGAGACUCCGUCUUGAACAUUGGAACAUUCAAAAGAAGGCUGGUGUCGAUAUCAUUCCAUCCAACGACUUCGCUUUGUAUGAUCAAGUUCUUACUCACAUCCAAGACUUUGGUGUAAGCUUUUCUCUCCCUCUCCAAAACUUAAUGGAACACCGCUGACAAUUAUCUUUACAGGCUACACCAGAAAGAUAUACUCAACAUGGUCUCGACCAAAUCGAUCAAUACUUUGCUAUGGGACGUGGUCACCAACGUGAUGGUAUUGAUGUUCCUUCCUUGGAGAUGGUAAAAUGGUUCGACUCAAACUAUCAUUACGUCAAGCCAACUCUUCAAGACAACCAAUCCUUCAAGCUCACUUCAGACCCAAAGGCUGUACGUGAAUUCAAGGAGGCCAAGGAGGCUGGUAUCACUACCCGGCCAGUCUUGGUUGGUCCAGUUUCUUUCCUCCACCUCGGAAAGCCAGAUCGUGGACAAUCCGUUGACCCAAUUGAUCUUUUGGACAACCUUUUGCCAGUUUACAUUGAGCUCCUCAAGCAACUCAAGGCUGCUGGUGCCGAGACUGUUCAAAUUGAUGAGCCAACUCUCGUUUUCGAUCUUCCUGCCAAGACCAAGGCUGCUUUCAAGCCAACAUAUGAGAAGCUCGCCAGCUUAGGUGAUGAGAUCCCAAAGAUCGUCUUCGCUACCUACUUCGGUGACAUCGUUCACAACAUUGAUGCUCUCCCAACUGACAUCUAUGCUGUUCACGUUGAUUUGGUCCGUAACCCAGAACAAUUGGAGACUGUCAUUUCCGCUUUGGGAUCAAAGACCAUCUUGUCUGCUGGUGUUGUUGAUGGACGUAACAUCUGGAAGACCAACCUCAAGCGUGCCAUUGAGACUGUUGAGUCUGCUAUUCAAAAGCUCGGAAAGGAUCGUGUCAUCGUUGCCACUUCCUCUUCCCUCCUCCACACCCCACACACUCUUGCAAGUGAGAAGAAGCUUGACCCAGAAAUUGCCGAUUGGUUCUCUUUCGCUUCCGAGAAGGUUGUCGAAGUUGCUAUCAUCGCCAAGGCUGUUACUGAAGGACCAGCUUCCGUUCGCGCUGAGCUCGAGGCUAACGCCAAGUCUGUCCAAGCUCGUGCUUCUUCCAAGAGAACCAAUGACCCCAAGGUCAAGGAACGUCAAUCUAAGAUUGUCGAGAAGGAUUACAACAGAAUCUCUUCAUUCCCAGAACGUAUCUCUCUACAACAAAAGGCUUUAGGUCUUCCUCUUUUCCCAACCACCACCAUUGGUUCUUUCCCACAAACCAAGGAGAUCCGUAUCCAACGUAACAAAUUCACCAAGGGUGAAAUCACUGCCGAGGAGUACGAGAAAUUCAUUGAGAAGGAGAUUGAAGACGUCGUCAAGGUUCAAGAAGAACUUGACCUUGAUGUCUAUGUUCACGGUGAGCCAGAACGUAACGACAUGGUUCAGUACUUCGGUGAACGUCUUGAUGGUUAUGCCUUCACCACACACGCCUGGGUUCAAUCAUAUGGUUCCCGUUGUGUUCGUCCUCCUAUCAUCGUUGGUGAUAUCUCUCGUCCAGCACCAAUGACUGUCAAGGAGUCCAAAUACGCCGUCUCCAUCUCCAAGAAGCCAAUGAAGGGUAUGUUGACUGGACCAAUCACCUGUUUGAGAUGGUCUUUCCCUCGUGAUGAUGUUCAUCAAUCCGUCCAAGCUGAGCAACUUGCUUUGGCUCUUCGUGACGAGGUUGUUGAUCUUGAGGCUGCUGGUGUUUACGUCAUUCAAGUCGAUGAACCAGCUCUUCGUGAAGGGCUUCCUCUUCGUUCCGGUAAGGAGCGUGAGGCUUACCUUGAUUGGGCUGUUAAGUCUUUCAGACUUUCCGUCUCUGGUGUUCAAGAUUCCACUCAAAUUCACUCUCACUUCUGUUACUCUGAGUUCCAGGAUUUCUUCCACGCCAUUGCUGCUCUUGACGCUGAUGUUCUCUCUAUUGAGAACAGCAAGUCUGAUGCUAAGCUCCUCAAGGUCUUUGUUGAUGAGGCUUACCCACGUCACAUUGGUCCAGGUGUUUAUGACAUUCACUCUCCUCGUGUUCCAUCCGAGCAAGAGAUUAAGGACAGAAUUGAGGAGAUGUUACAAUUCCUUAAGCCAGAGCAACUUUGGAUUGAUCCUGAUUGUGGUCUCAAGACUCGUCAAUGGGCUGAAACUAAGGCUGCUUUGACUAACAUGGUCAAUGCUGCUAAGUUUUACCGUCAAAAGUAUGCUAACAAGGCAUAAAUUUCACUUCAUAUCCAUAUGUUAAUAAGGGGAUGUGAAUUGAAGAUGAUAUCAUGAGGUUUUAUUUUUUAAUGUCUUGGUUCUUUAACCAAUGGGAACGACUUCAACAUCGGCGUUUCUUGGUUGGGGUAUUUAAGACAAAAGCGAUUUAUUAUGAGCGUUACUUUGGAGUUUUCAACAGCGUAGGGCGGUCGUGGGUAAUAGAUGAUCCAUCAACCGGACAUCUUGGUGGCGUGGCGUAUCAAAUAUGAAAUAUGAUGGGAAAUGAAAAAGGUGAUGAGGAUAUGGAACUCUUAUGACGUUAAACCAACUUACUAUCUUGAUGAUUGUUAAGGAGGACGAUAAGAGUGGAUUUUUGGUGAAGGUUGGUAGAUAUGAUAAAAGUAGAUAAAUAUACCCUUUUCAACCGG